AUUUAAAUAAUAACAGUAAUAUCAUGUUCAUUACUUUACUAUAUUAACUUUCAACCUUUUCCCUGUCUCCAUCUCAACCUAGUGUCUGCCUCUUUCCAUUUUCACAAAAGCCCUAACUCUCUCUCUCUCUACCACAAGGUCUAACAGUCCAUUAAGAAAUUAAAAAGUCAGUUGUUUCCCCUAUUUUGGGAGUAACAAAUCCACAAAAAUCCAUCAACUCUUCCCAGUAUUUGAUCAUUAAACCGAGUUUAAAAAAAAAAAAAAAAGGAUCCAACAGCGAUCUCCUUUAUCACUCUCUUUCCUUUCUCUCUCAUCCAUCCAUCCAUCAGUCUCGUCAUCUCCCUCACUCACACUAGAAGCUUGUUUUGUUUAAAUGGCAAUCUUCUGAUAUAUCAAUCAACCCAACCCCUCCUUUUCCCAUUCCCUUUUUAGCUCGGUUUAUGAUGUUUGUGUAGCUAGCGAUGGAUUCGCCGUCGUUUCCGGAGGUGGAGAGCUCGAAUUCGGAGAACAGCAGCGUCAACACCGGCGGCGCGACGUCGUCGUCGUCGGGUUCGACCCUGAGCCGCUACGAGAACCAGAAGCGGCGCGACUGGAACACGUUCGGGCAGUACCUGAAGAACCACCGGCCGCCGCUGUCGCUGAGCCGCUGCAGCGGCGCGCACGUGCUGGAAUUCCUCCGUUACCUCGACCAGUUCGGGAAGACCAAGGUCCACACCCCAAUCUGCCCCUUCUACGGCCACCCCAACCCCCCCGCCCCCUGCCCCUGCCCGCUCCGCCAGGCCUGGGGCAGCCUCGACGCCCUCAUCGGCCGCCUCCGCGCCGCCUACGAGGAGAACGGCGGCAAGCCUGAGACCAAUCCCUUCGGCGCCCGCGCCGUCCGCCUCUACCUCCGCGACGUCCGCGAUCUGCAGUCCAAGGCCAGGGGGAUCAGCUACGAGAAGAAGAAGCGGAAGCGCCCGCCCCACCAGCCCUCCUCCUCCGCCGCCGCCGCACCAUCGCCGCCGCCCGCUGAAGGUUAAUUAAUUAGCUUCUAUCGUUCAUCGUUUCCUUAUAUAUUUAUCAACCUAUCCAGAUUUUAGGGUUAGACUUUAUCUACUAUUCGAACAAAUGUUGUAGUAAUGUCAGAAAAUAAUUGUUAUCUUAUUAUUAUUACUUCCAUUUCAAAUUUCUGUGAGUAGUUUGAAUGAAUGCUUUUGUCUUUUGCA